GCGAAGCGCAACUCGAGCGGUCGACAGCAAUCGCCGGCCGCACAAAAGAAGACGCCCACGCGUCGACGGCUCCCGCACGACGAUGAAGUUGUGGCCGGGGGGGUCGGCAUCACCGGGGGCGGGGUUGUCAUACUCCCGCAGCAUGUGCUCAACGAACUGUAUCACAACUAUUCCAUCAAGCAGCGCCGCAGCGGCCUCAAGUGGUUCGUAUUCGCGGCUCUCCUCUUCAACGCUUGGGCCAUUUGCAUACCCUGGGAGCAGGAAUGGCCCACGCGAGUGGUGCAUUGUGCCAUGCUUGUUGCCUACUUGGCGCUCACUGCGGUGCUCCACAUUGGACGUCACUCGGAUCAGCCAGCAUUGCGGCGCUUCCACCAGUCGCUGCUCACGAUAGUGCCCCGCGUUCUCUGGUACUUGGCCAUGAUGCACUUUGCGGCCUACACCAUGCUGCAGCCGACGGUCUCGCCGCGCGAUCUACUCGGCUGGGGCAUACUGCUCAACUUUUUGAUUUACGUGACGUUGCCGGUGCCGCUGAUCUCGUUGGGCCUCAUCAUUGGCUUCUGCACGUAUUUCAAUUGCCUGAGCAUGCCGGUGGGUUUCUCGCGGUCCGAUCCCAUGCUCUCGGACCAGGCGGCUGCUAAUGCAGUUCUCAUUAUAACGGCGGCAUUAAUCGGCUUAUUGUAUUACUUCAUGGGCGAGGCGAAGCAGAAACGCGCCUUUCUGGAGGCCAAAAAGAGCUUAGAGGUGAAGAUGGUCAUCGAGGAGCAAUCCGCAGAACAGGAACGAUUGCUGCUGUCUGUGCUUCCCAAGCAUGUGGCUAUUAAGAUGCGCGAGGAUUUGGGCUCUUCCAGUUCGGAGGCUUUCAAAAAGAUCUACAUGAGUCGCCACGAGAAUGUGAGCAUACUGUAUGCAGACAUUGUCGGCUUUACGGCCAUCUCGUCAACGUAUAGCGCUCAAGACCUGGUUAAAAUGCUUAACGAACUUUUCGCACGCUUCGAUAGGCUUGCCGAGAAAUACCAACAACUACGUAUUAAAAUUCUCGGUGAUUGCUAUUAUUGCAUUAGUGGAGCGCCCGAUGAGCGACCAGAUCAUGCCGUCCUCUGCGUACACAUGGGACUGUCGAUGGUGAAGGCCAUUAAGUAUGUACAGCAGAAGGCUAAUUCACCUGUUGAUAUGCGUGUGGGCAUACACACUGGCGCUGUACUUGCUGGCAUACUGGGUCAGCGUCAAUGGCAAUUUGAUGUGUACUCCAAGGACGUUGAGCUGGCUAAUAAAAUGGAAUCGAGCGGCAAGGCUGGACGCGUGCACAUCUCGGACAAAACUUUGGCCUUUCUCAAUGGAGAAUUUGAAGUGGAGCCGGCUUUUGGUGAGAAACGAGAGGAAUUGUUGCGCAUUGCUGGCCUGAAGACCUUUUUCAUUAAGAAAGUGCUGAAGCCGUUUUCCUCGCCAUGCGCCAAGAAAAUCAACGAAACCAAAGUGGAAAAUGCCAAUCACAGCACCAACAACACCAACAAUGAGAACAACGACGGCGACGCAGAUGCCACACUAGACGAUGAGGAACUAUUGGCAGAGAGCGCCGUCACGAACGAGCGACCCCCGCUGGAGGAUGAGGAGGAGCAGCUGAAGUUGGAGAACUUCAAGCAGCGCUUAAAGGACGAGCUGGUCACGCGUGAUGGACACGAAAACCUCACCAAGGACACCAACAUCUUUCUGCGCUUCAAGAAUCCGCAACUGGAACAGGCAUACGCCAUUUACCGAGAACCGUACAGCUCGCUGCCGCUGUUGGCCGCACUCUUGGUACAAUGCAUCGAUGUCCUGUACUCCUACCUCGUGCUGCCACGCUCCACGCUGCAUUUCAUUAACAUUGCCGCACCACUUGUCCCCAUUGCCAUGCUUGUGGUUAUUUCCAUAGCCGAAAGCUUCACCGGCAUGCUGCCCAAGUUCUUUGUCGAUGUGAGCAAGCGCUUCAAUGACAUUACCUUCGUGCGCGAACUGGCGGCCAUAAUUAUAGCACUUACUAUUGGCCUAAGCAAUGUCGUCGACAUGUUCUUUUUCGUCACCUUCGUGCGCACCGAGCACAUUGUCAGCGAGAGCGAAUUCAAUGCCACGACCAGUGGCUUGGAGGCCAAUGCCGAGCACCUACUACCCGUGUCCUUUGUGGAGCAAAUGCGCAAUGCGGUGCCUACGGAGCGUGUCCUCUAUCCGUCCUAUCUGAGCAAUUUUGCGGUGCUCAUACUUAUUGCCAUUGCAGUCAUUGCACAAUUAACCCAUCUGACCAAAAUACUGUUGCUCCUGUCCAUAGCAGCGCUCCAUUGCUACUUCAACAUCUUCAUCAUGCAGGACUUGUAUGCGCUGGAAGAUAAUCUGGCACAUCAGCCCAUUAUAUCCACCCGUUACUGCACUUCCGGUCUACUUCUUGUGGCUGCCUUAGCCCUCAGCACAUUGGCGCGCCAUAUGGAUCAUGAGGAUCGCGUCAUAUUCAAAUGGAAAACCGAGGUAGCCGAGCAAAAGGAAACUGCCAAUGAUAUGCGACAACGAAAUGAGGCUUUGGUUUAUAAUGUUUUACCCGUUCACGUGGCAGAGCAUUUUAUGAAGAACACAAAACGUUCCCACGACGAUCUCUAUUCGCAAAGUUAUGCCGAGGUGGGCGUAUUAUUUGCCAGCAUGCCAAACUUUUCGGAUUUCUAUUCGGAGGAAACUGUAAACAACCAGGGCUUGGAGUGCCUCCGAUUUCUAAACGAAGUCAUUUCUGAUUUUGAUGCGCUGCUGGAGCUUCCACAAUUCCAGGAUAUUAUAAAAAUAAAAACCAUCGGCUCCACAUAUAUGGCGGCCAGUGGCAUUAACUUGCAACGCAAUUUGCGCAACGAUGCAUCGAUUACAGAACGUUGGUCCCAUCUAGCUGUGUUGGUGGAGUUCGCUUUGGAGCUGAAGCGUGCACUGCAGGGCAUUAAUGAGCAGUCCUUCAAUCACUUUGUCCUCAAAAUGGGCAUCAACCAUGGUCCCAUCACAGCUGGAGUUAUUGGUGCCCGAAAGCCGCACUACGAUAUUUGGGGCAACACCGUGAAUGUCGCCUCACGCAUGGAGAGCACCGGCAAGGCGGGUGCGAUACAGGUUACCGAAGAGACUUGCAACAUCCUCCAACAAUUCGGAUACACUUUCCUGCAGCGCGGCUUGGUGGCAGUCAAGGGCAAGGGUCAACUAAUGACCUACUAUUUGCAGGGCAAGGCCCAGCCAUGUGCAGAUGCUGGACCGCCAGUGGAGACGCAUGGAGCGGCGACUGAAGCUGUGACUGUAACGGAAACUGAGACGCCGGCGCACAGCUUGGAGUGCCAGGAGCUGGAGGCGGACAUCAAGACGCCGCUCCUGAAGUCCAAGGCGCCGGAUUCCAAGGCAGAGAACGGCGUGGAGCCGCUGGGCAAUGGCAACGUUGCAGUUGGAGGCGGAGACGCCACUGGCGAGGGACAGGCUUUGUUGGAGUAAAGGCGAAGAGGGAAAGGCGAAAGACAAGGACAAGGACUAGGAUGUUGAUCCAGCUUCGAACUCGACGCUGUGUGUCUGCUACUAUAUAUACAUAUACAUAUAUACAUUAUGUGCGCGUGUGUGUGUGUGAAUCCGUAUUUGGUGCGCAUGUGUUAGGAAAGGAAAAAGGGAAAGUUGACUGUUAAAAAAAAGAGAAGGAAACGCUGUUACCGUUAACUUGCUACAUUUGAUUUGCCUAUUUAAACUGCACAAGCGUGUGAUAUUCUGCUAUAGAAACAAAAAGUAUCUUAUAGUUUAGUUUGUACCAUCUGGCUCAUUACUUUGGAAAAGUUCGUCAACUGUGUACCUAAAUCUGCAACUAAGUAUAUUAAAUUAAUGUGAAACUUCAGUUUGUUUUAAACAAAUAAUAAUAAUAGUCAUAAUAUAAAAUAUAAUA